CCGCGCGCGCUCGCCAGCCUGCCAGCGGAAAGCCGCCGCGGCCCCUCCCUGAGGGAGCAUUUGAGGUACCGGGGGUCGGGGAAGAGAUCCAGGAUGAGAAGACUGAUUAAAAGAAGAAGCUAGCUGAAGAGCUAUAAGAUGCCCAAAUCUGGGUUCACAAAACCAGUUCAGAGUGAAAAUUCUGACAGUGACAGCAAUAUGGUAGAAAAACCAUAUGGAAGAAAGAGUAAAGACAAGAUUGCAUCCUAUAGCAGAACUCCAAAAAUUGAUCGAAGUGAUGUGGGCAAGGAGAUGAAAGAGAAAUCAUCCAUGAAACGUAAACUUCCUUUUACCAUUAGCCCAUCAAGAAAUGAAGAACGAGAUUCAGACACAGAUUCAGAUCCAGGACAUACAAGUGAAAAUUGGGGGGAGAGACUUAUAUCUUCUUACAGGACAUACUCAGAGAAAGAAGGUCCAGAAAAGAAGAAAACAAAAAAGGAAACUGGAAAUAAGAAGUCCACACCAGUUAGCAUUCUUUUUGGUUAUCCACUCUCAGAGCGAAAGCAGAUGGCACUUCUUAUGCAGAUGACAGCAAGAGACAACAGUCCAGAUUCCACACCAAAUCAUUCAUCACAAACAACACCAGCCCAAAAGAAAACUCCGAGUUCCUCAUCUCGACAAAAAGAUAAAGUUAAUAAACGAAAUGAACGUGGUGAAACUCCUUUACACAUGGCAGCCAUUCGAGGAGAUGUGAAACAAGUCAAAGAACUAAUAAGUCUAGGGGCAAAUGUGAAUGUGAAAGAUUUUGCAGGUUGGACACCACUGCAUGAAGCUUGCAAUGUUGGAUAUUACGAUGUCGCUAAGAUACUUAUAGCCGCUGGAGCAGAUGUUAACACACAAGGAUUAGAUGAUGAUACUCCACUCCAUGAUUCUGCUAGUAGUGGACAUAGAGAUAUAGUGAAACUGUUACUUCGUCAUGGUGGGAAUCCAUUUCAAGCUAAUAAACAUGGAGCGCGUCCAGUGGAUGUAGCAGAAACAGAGGAGUUGGAAUUACUGCUAAAAAGAGAGGUGCCUUUAUCUGAUGAUGAUGAGAGUUACACAGAUUCUGAAGAGGCUCAAUCUGUAAAUCCUUCCAGUGUCGAUGAAAAUAUUGAUUCUGAGACAGAGAAAGACUCUCUAAUUUGCGAAAAUAAACAAGUGAUUUCCAAAGCACCUCUUCCAUCUGCCCUUGAUGAGUAUGAAUUCAAAGAUGAUGAUGAAGAAGAAAUAAAUAAAAUGAUUGAUGAUAGGCAUAUUCUUAGAAAAGAGCUACGAAAAGAGAGUGAAUCUGAAGUAGAAAAGAAUAGUUUAUUUGCAAAACAGGACAAAGCUUUUUAUCCUAAAUCAUUUAAAAGUAAAAAACAAAAGCCAUCUAGGGUUCUAUAUUCAAGUUCUGAAAGUUCAGAUGAAGAAAUUCUUCAGAACAAAAAGCCUCUUCCUACUCCAUGCUCUGUCCCUGAAAUGUCAAAUUCCGAUACACAAACCAAAAAGGAAUACGGAGUUUCUAAUGAACACAAACAGAAAGGCAAAGUUAAAAGAAAAUUAAAGAACCAGAACAAAAAUAAAGAGAACCAAGAGCUGAAGCAAGAAAAAGAGGGGAAAGAAAAUACCAGAGUAACAAACUUGACAGUUAAUACAACAGCAGAUUGUUCAGAAAAGACCAGAGAGGAAGGAAAUUUUAGGAAAUCUUUUAGCCCUAAAGAUGAUACUUCAUUACAUUUAUUUCAUAUUUCCAGUGGUAAAUCUCCCAAACAUUCUUGUGGACUAAGUGAAAAGCAGUCAACACCAGUAAAACAAGAACACACCAAAACAUGUUUAUCACCAGGAAGCUCUGAAAUGUCAUUACAGCCUGAUCUUGUUCGAUAUGAUAAUACAGAGUCAGAAUUCUUGCCAGAAAGCUCAAGUGUAAAAUCUUGUAAGCAUAAGGAAAAAAACAAGCAUCAGAAAGAUUUCCACUUAGAAUUUGGUGAAAAAUCAAAUGCUAAAAUAAAGGAUGAAGAUCAUAGUUCGACAUUUGAAAAUUCAGAUUGUACACUGAAAAAAAUGGAUAAAGAAGGCAAAACAUUAAAAAAGCAUAAAUUGAAACAUAAGGAAAGGGAAAAAGAAAAACAUAAAAAGGAAAUUGAAGGUGAAAAGGAAAAAUACAAAAAUAGGGAUGGUACUAAAGAGCUGCAGCGGAGUGUAGAAUUUGAUAGAGAAUUUUGGAAAGAGAAUUUUUUUAAAAGUGAUGAAACUGAAGAUAUGUUUUUGAAUAUAGAACAUGAUUCCCUAACAUUAGGAAAGAAGUUGAAGUUGGAAAAAAACCUAAAAGAUGAUAAAUCAACCAAGGAAAAGCAUGUCUCAAAAGAGAGGAACUUGAAAGAAGAACGAGAAAAGAUUAAAAAAGAAAGUGAGAAAUCUUUUAGGGAAGAAAAAGCAAAAGAUUUAAAAGAAGAAAGAGAGAAUGUACCUAUAGACAAAGAAGCAGAAUUCAGUUCUUUAGGUAUAAGUGCCAGUGAGGAAUCUAUAGGGUUACAUUCAAUGGAAAAGGAAAUAGAAAUUGAGAAACAAGAAAAGCACAUAAAAGAGAGUAAGGAAAAAUCUGACAAACGAUUUCAAAGUAAAGAAAAGGACGUUGAGAAAACUGAAAGAAAAAAUUCUGAAAAAGAGAAAAAGAUAAAACAUGAGCAUAAGUCAGAAAAAGACAAAUUAGAUCUUAGUGAAUGUGUUGACAGGAUAAAAGAAAAAGAGAAGCUAUAUUCACAUCAUACAGAGAAAUGUCAUAAAGAAAGUGAGAAGAUAAAAAAUAUUACUAUUAAAAAAAUGGAUGAUAGAGAUAAAAGUAGAGAAAAGAUGGAUAGAAAACAUGACAAAGAAAAAUCUGAAAAAGACAGGCAUCUAGCAGAAAGCAAAGAAAAGCACUUGAUGGAAAAAAAAAACAAACAGUCAGAUAAUAGUGACUACACUAAAUCAGAAAAAAGCAAAAACAAAGACAGGGAGGUAGAUAAAAAGGAGAAAUCUAGAGAUAAAGAAAGUGUGAACAUAUCUAACUCGAAACACUUCCAAGAAGAGAAGAAGUCAAGUGUAGCAGAUGGUAGUAAAGCACAAUAUGAAAAAGCUUUAUCCCUUAAAGAAAAAACAAAAGAUGAACCUUUGAAAACUCCUGAUGGAAAAGAAAAAGAUAAGAAAGAUAAAGAUAUAGACAGAUACAAAGAACGAGAUAAACAUAAGGAUAAGAUUCAACUAAAUAGUUUAUUCAAACUAAAAUCUGAAGCUGAUAAACCCAAACCUAAGUCAUUACCAGCAUCAAAAGAUAUUCGACCUAAAGAAAAGAGGUUAGUGAAUGAUGAUUUAAUGCAGACAAGUUUUGAACGAAUGCUAAGCCUUAAAGAUUUAGAAAUAGAGCAGUGGCACAAAAAACAUAAGGAAAAAAUAAAGCAAAAAGAAAAGGAACGAUUGAAAAACCGUAAUUGUUUAGAACUUAAAGUAAAAGAUAAAGAAAAAACAAAGCAUACACUAGCUGAGUCCAAAAAUAAAGAACUUACUAGGUCAAAGAGUUCAGAGUUGACUGAUGCUUAUACCAAGGAGAAACAAUCUAAAGAUGUUAUAAGUAGCCGAUCACAAUCUGUUGACACCAAAAAUGUAAUGAAUUUAGGGAAGUCAUCUUUUGUCUCAGAUAAUAGCUUAAACAGAUCUCCUAGAUCAGAAAGUGAAAAGCCAGGUCUCAGCUCCAGAUCUGUAUCCAUGAUUUCUGUUGCUAGCUCAGAGGAUUCUUGUCAUACUACAGUGACUACCCCAAGACCUCCAGUAGAAUAUGACUCUGACUUUAUGUUAGAGGGUUCAGAUUCCCAAAUGUCCUUUUCCCAGUCACCUUUUUUGCCAAUUGCCAAAUCUCCUGCACUUCAUGAAAAGGACUUGGAUAGCCUGGCUGACCUGCCAGAGCGGAUUAAACCACCAUAUACAAGCAGACUUACAACAUCCCAUCUCCGAUCAUCUUCUGUAGAAGAUGUUAAAGUACUUAUGAGUGAGGGGAGACCAACUGUGGAAGUUCGAAGAUGUAGCAUGCCAUCUGUCAUUUGUGAACAUACAAAACCAUUUCAAACAACACCAGAAGAAAGCAAUCAAGGUGGCUUAGUUGUGCCAAGAGAUACUUGUCCUUCUCCCAAACCUGAAGUAUCUUCAAAUGUGCCUGAAAGAGAACUUUCAAAUGUGUCUAACAUACAUUCCAGUUUUGCAUCCUCACCAACUAGGUCUGUAAACAGCAAAUAUAUUUUAGCUGAUAUAAAUGUUAUCAAGAGUACUGCUUCAGUGGGCACUUUGAUGGGCAGUCCUGUUCAUUUAGAGCCAUCUAAUCAGGUUGGUGUGAUCCAAAACAAAUCAUGGGAGAUACCUAUUGAUAGACUGGAAUCAGUAAGCACCAGUGACUUUAUUGGCCCAAAUUCUAGUACACCCGAUCAAGAUUCUUCUGUUCAGGUGUUUUGUAAUUCUGAAAAAAUAUUGAAAGAGCAGAAUACUGAUUUAUUAUCCCUGCACCAGACUGAACUGUCAGUAAACUCUUGUGCUCAGGAUGCAGCAUCCUUUCUGCCUUUACAGCAGCCUGGCUCUUUCUUUAGCCAAUCACUUUCAGAUGCUGAAUCUAUUUCAAAACAUACAUCUUUGUCAUAUGUUGCCAAUCAAGAGCCAGGUAUUUUACAACAGAAAAGUACAGUUCAAAUUAUCAGUCCUGUUUCAGAUAUUGAUAAUGAAUCUACAAAGGAUAUGGAGAAUACUUUCGCCUUAACAGAUGUUCAAAAGACAGAUGCCUUUGUUACAGUGUACUCUGAAAGCACUAUUCAAGAAGCAUCACCAAAUUGUGAGAAGGCUAGUGCUUUGCCUGUAUUACCAUUAGAAAAGGACUUGAACGCGAGUGAAUCUUCCCAGCUAAAUACACAGUAUUCAUUUAGCAAACUAAUGUACAAGUCUUCCAAUAGCCAUGAGGUUGAAAAUAGCACUUCUGACAUUCAGGUUAUUUCACAUGAAAAAGAAAGCAAACUGGGGAGUUUGGUUUUAUCUCAUUUGAAUGAUAAGUGUGAUUCUGAUUUAUGCGAAAUGAAUGCAGGAAUACCAAAAGGAAACCUAAAUGAACAAGAUACUCCAAAAUUUUGUCCUGAAAGUGAAAAGUGUUUGCUUUCCCUUGAAGAUGAAGAAUCACAGCAAAGCACUUUAUCCAGUUUAGAAAACCAUUCACAACAACCAGCUCAACCAGAAAUGCAUAAAUAUGCUCAAUUAGUUAAAGUAGAAUUAGAAGAAAAUGCUGAGGAUGAUAAAACUGAAAACCAAAUCCCUCAGAGGAUGACUAGAAACAAAGCAAAUACAAUGGCAAAUCAAAGCAAACAGAUUCUUGCUAGCUGUACACUAUUACCAGAAAAAGAUAGUGAAUCUUCAUCUCCUAGAGGAAGAAUAAGAUUAACUGAAGAUGAUGAUCCUCAAAUUCACCAUCCACGGAAAAGGAAAGUGUCACGUGUGCCUCAGCCUGUGCAAGUGAGUCCCUCCUUACUACAAGCAAAAGAGAAAACCCAGCAGUCUUUGGCAGCCGUUGUAGAUUCUCUGAAACUAGAUGAGAUUCAGCCAUACAGUUCAGAGAGAGCAAAUCCAUAUUUUGAAUUCUUGCACAUAAGAAAAAAAAUUGAAGAAAAGCGCAAAUUGUUAUGUAGUGUUAUUCCUCAAGCACCUCAGUAUUAUGAUGAAUACGUGACAUUUAAUGGAUCUUAUCUCCUGGAUGGAAACCCCUUAAGCAAGAUUUGCAUUCCCACGAUUACACCACCACCUUCACUGUCAGAUCCACUCAAAGAGCUGUUUCGGCAACAGGAAGUUGUAAGGAUGAAACUACGUUUGCAACACAGCAUUGAAAGGGAAAAACUCAUUGUAUCCAAUGAACAGGAAGUUCUACGAGUUCAUUACAGAGCUGCAAGAACAUUGGCAAAUCAAACACUGCCAUUUAGUGCAUGCACUGUUUUACUGGAUGCAGAAGUCUACAGUGUGCCGCUGGAUGCUCAGUCUGAUGACAAAACUUCUGUGAGGGAUCGCUUUAAUGCAAGACAGUUCAUGUCUUGGUUACAAGAUGUGGAUGAUAAAUUUGACAAAUUAAAGACCUGUCUUUUAAUGAGGCAACAGCAUGAAGCUGCAGCUUUAAAUGCCGUUCAGAGAUUAGAAUGGCAGCUCAAACUCCAGGAACUUGAUCCUGCCACCUAUAAAUCUAUCAGCAUUUAUGAAAUCCAGGAAUUUUAUGUUCCCCUUGUUGAUGUUAAUGAUGACUUUGAAUUGACUCCUAUAUAGCAGCCAUUACUUCCUGGUGUGUCGUCAUAAACUGAUAAGGCUCAAGGGUGUUAUACUGUGGAAUACUGCCUUUUGACAAAAAUGUUGAUAUUAUGCCUUUACAGUUGUUGGUAAAGUUCAACUAAAGUUUGGUUAAUGUAGUAAACACUGUCAUUUUAUAAAAAAAAAAGAAUUAUUUUGGAUCUUAGGUCCAGUUUCUAAUUGAAAAUUACUAUUUAUUAUUGGUGAAUGGGAAAGACUGCAUUGGAGCAUGUUGGCAGGCCAUGGUUGAUAUUUAAAAAGUUGAGAAUCUGCUAACAGCGCUGGAAGUUGUUAGUACUCUAAGUAACAAGAUAACCACUAGUAUGCAAAUCUCUUUUCAAGUUUUAUUAAAAUAUUAUCAGUAAACUAAAAGGUUCAGUUCCGACCAAAUAGUUUCUAGUGUGGAAGAAAAACUUGGCACAAAAUUUCUUCAGUUUAUUAUAUCUGUAAAUUAAUUGUACAGUUUUCUUUUCAAAAGUUUAAUAUUGUCUUCCUUUUUAAUAACUUAUUUUAUACAUACUGUGCAGGUGUAAAUCUUGUAAUUAAUAGCCAUGAUGUAUACAAAGGAAUUGAUAGUUAAAACAUGUACAAAGAAAUAAUUGUAAAACUGUUUUGUCUAAUGUUUUAUUGGACCAAAGUUGUAGCUUGUAUGGGGUGUAGCAGUAGAGUAUUCAGGUAACAAACCUUUUAAAUAAGGCAUGCAUGUGUUUGAGUUAGCUUGUUUUCAUCACCAUAACUGUAAAGGUUGUGACUUAGUUGUAUUGCAUGCUUCCUAUAAUUUAACUCUCUUCAUAAGUGAUAACCUAAAGUAGUAUAAGGUGUUUCAUACUAGUCUCUUGGAAUAGUACCUGUGACUUACUAUGUUGGACAUAUUGUUUAGAAUUAGUCAUACUAAGAAACAGCUCUUUUUUUUUCAUCUCACAGUAGGGCCUAUUCUCUCCUCCCCCCCAAAUGCCUUUGAAUGAAAAUUCUGAAAUUGUAAAUGUCUAUUUUAAUACUCAAGUAUGAAUCUGUGAAUAUAUGUAAAAUAUGUUGAAUAAAUUUUAUUGGUCAUGUUAAAUCAUUGUAAAACUUUUUUACAUUGCUAAAGUGUAAUGUUUUAAGCUUAAUAAUAACCUUUGCACUUUUAAAAUAAAAACUGAUUACCCUAGUGAAGAAAAAGAUAUUUGGUAGUCAAAAAAGAAAUGGGUAUAUUCUGAUUGAUCUCUAAAAUGUUCAUGAAAAAUUCAUUAAUAUGUUGUAUUUUUUUCCUAGAAUCAACAUGCAAACCAUAAUUUUCAGAAUUUUAUAAUUAAGAUUUGGUAUGCUGUUUUAAAUAAAAUAAUUAGCAAUACACUUAGAAAAAGUUCAGUUUCUCCUAUAACAUGAUACAGACUAAAUUUUUAGUAACAGUUUUGAUCUGAAAUCUGCUGCUAAACUAAUUAAACAUUUUGAAAGGAAAAUUUAGGUUAUAUGUAUAAUUAAUUAUAAGUAUACGAGAUAAAAUUUAUAGAACUUUCCACAAUAUUUCCUUGAAUUAUAAAAUAAUACUGGGUAUUCUUUAUUCUGAUAGAGAAAAGUAAAAAGAAUAUAUGAGGCAUAAGGUGUUUUAAAUUCAGCUUGCAAGUUGGAAAUUCCAGCUGAUGGGAAAAAAUGUAAAAAUUAAAAUUUUUGAGUGCAAAGGUACAUUUUAAGCUUAGGGAUUUUUUAAUUUCCACAUCAAUUUAUAUUUAAAUUCAUGUUGUACUUGGCAUGCGCAAUAAAGAAGCACGUGUAAAAAUUACACAGUGCAAGGAUUUUAAUAUAAAGGUUGUAUGUGGUAGUAUUUAGAAAUUUAGAUGGGAGAUUUUGGCCUUUUUUAUUGGAUAAUUGGGGCCAAGAAAGGCAGGGUAGAUUUUGAAGCACUGGUUUUGUGGAAGUUAAGUUUAUUAAGGCUGGAAACAUUAAACCUAAUUUAUAAAAGCAAUACUUUUUAAUAUGAAAAACAAUGCAAAUUUUGUUUAUACUUUGCUUAAAAGUAAAAAAA